CCAAAAUUACAAGUUCCUUCUAUCAGCAGCAGUCGGCACGUGCCUUUGCCUCGCCGAGUCAGACCCCCGCCAAGCGGCUGCACCUGAGCGUGAGAUUAAGGCGGCUCGGUAGCUGGCAAUCAGAGAUUUCGCAAGCUGCCGCGCCUGGGAAUGCGCACAACGCACACGGCGGCUGAUAGCGGCGGCGGCCUGUAGCGGCGGCACUCAGACUACCCAGAUGACGGUCUUCGAGACGGUGCGUCAGUUCUUCCCGGCCAGGCCGCGCGCUCCCGCGGGUCAGGUUGCCGAGUCUCUGCCGUCCGUGCCCGAGGCCUCCACUGUGGAGGCUGCAGUCAAGGCCAUCGUCAAGCAUGGCGGCCCCGAGGUCGAGAACCUUCAGUUCGGCGGCGACCUGGAAGCAGGGGGCCAGGGCACGGUGGCCGCGGUGACGGUGACGCGCUGUGAGGACGGCGGCGUGAUGCUGCCGCCGCGGCACCUGUUGCACGAUGCCGGGAAGGCGGUGCGCAGGGGCAAGGGUAAGGAUGCGGACAAGGUGGAGGCCGUCAUGAAGCUGACCAAGACCAAGCAGGUGCACCGCACCUGGAGCAUGCAGUACAUGCUGCGGGCCCUGAUGCUCCGGGCGCUGUGCUCGUCCUACAUGCCAAUCAUGCUAUUCAUCAACGUGCUGUGGCGCGUGACCGCUACGCCGGCAAUGCUAGUGGCCAAGGUCAGCGACGCCAACGUCAGCGACGCCAAUGGCAGCGACGCCAACGUCAGCGACGCAAAGGUCAGCGACGCCAAUGCCAGCGACGCCAACGUCAGCGACGCAAAGGUCAGCGACGCCAAGGACAGCGACGCCAACGUCAGCGACGCCAAUGGCAGCGACGCCAAUGGCAGCGACGCCAACGUCAGCGACGCCAACGUCAGCGACGCCAAGGACAGCUCCGCCGAACAGCGCAUAAUCGUGUCCACUGAGCUGAGCCCGCGUGCACACAUGACCCUGGCCGCCUUCAUCGCACGCGCGGCGGACUGCGUGAUGCCUGUGCUCGGCGAGGACUGGCUUGUGUUCUGGCUGGCGUCCCCGGGUCUGCCGCCCAGCAUGGUCUACUGGGCCAUGCGGGCGGCCGUGCCGCUGCUGAUGGGCGGCAAGGUGCUGUGGGACAGCGGUGUCAUACACCGCGACUGGAAGCCCAGCAACGUGCUAGUCACGCUCAGGUUCAUCGGUGAGCUGGUGGUGGGGCUGGUGGUGCAGCUGGCGGACCUGGGCUACAGCCGCCCCAUCGACUUCGACCGCAAGACCUUCACACCGGGUCAAUUCGGCACCCCCGGCUUCCAGCCUGUGCUAAGCCUGGUCGACACCAACCUCCUGGGCAACCUGAUGAUUGCGGACCUGCAGCUGGACGUCAUGGGCCUGGUUGAGGUGGUGCUGUCCAUGCUGCUGAACCCCGCUGUGGUGAUGGACUACGCGGCGUGCAUCGGCCCCACCUGGCUCAUGUACGCCUCCAUGUACGGCCGCGCCCAGAAGCAGGGGCGGGCGCUGCCGGAAGGCGACACGACCACCCUCAGGGCGGCGCCGCUGGCUGUGCUGGGCGUGGAGCUGGCGGGCAGCGUGGAGCUGCUAGAGCUGCUGGAGCAGCAGGAGCCGCUGAAGCUGACGGAGCACAAGGAGCUGCACCCGCCGGUCCCCGAAAACAUGGCGGGCACGGCUCACGACAAGCGCAACACCUCGCUGAUGCUCAAGCAGCUAAGCCUGCCCAUCGGUGACGAUGUGAUUCAGCGGCCCGGCGCGGCGAGGGGCUCACAGCGGGGUGCAGUAGGGGCGGAGGCGGCGGAGACCGCAGUCCGGGCUGCGGCGGACAAAGCGCAGCAGGAGGCGGCGGCAAAGGUGACCAGCUGUGGGGUCACCAGCAACGAGGAGGGCGUGCGCCAGGGCCUGCUAGGAUGUGAGCAGUCCCUGAAGGUGCAGAUGGAGGCUGAGCAGCAGCGGAAGCCGGAGUCGUCGCAGCAGCAGAAGCCAGAGCACAAGAACUCGGCCAAAUGCGGCGCGUGCGCGCUGAACACCCGCCGCUACAUGGGGUUCCUUAGCUUUCCGCAGCCGGGCCUGCACCGCAGCCGCACCGAGGCAGGCAGCACCGCCUCCCUGGUUGUUAGCCUGAUGCGCAAGCUGGCAGCGCGCGUUGAGCUGAGAUGCGAUGCGGGAAACGACGUGACGUGGUUGUUCCCCCAGCUGGAUGUGGCGGCGGCGGUGGAGGCGGCCCUCGGCGCUGGCAAGCCCACCGCCGCCGCCGCCAGCAGCAGCAGCCGCAGCGGUGGCGCCGGCGCCCCCGCCGCUGGUCAAAACGCCGAGCUCACCGCCGCCAUCUCGGUGGCCCAGCUGCUGCUGCAGCUCUUCAUGUUCGCGCUGCAGCUGUGGGUGUGGGCGGUGGAGGAGCUAUGCGGGCUGACGGAGGACAAUCUUAACAAAAUGCGCGACAUGGGCAUGAGUAUGGCGGCGGUUGAUGCAUGGUUGGAGGGCGCGAAGAUGCGCGCCGUGGGGACUGCCACGUCCCUGGUGCUGCUGAUGCUCGAUUACCAGCACCUGCUCCACCAGGGCAAGGCGCUACCGCUGCUGCCCCGCAUCGUCGGAGGCAUGCGCGUCGCGGAGGCGCAGCAGGCAGCCAACAAGGCCAACGCGGCGGCGGUGGCGGCGGCGGCGGCGGCCAAGGCGGCGACGGAUGCGGCGGCGGCGGCGGGCAGCCGCCAGCUGCGCAGAGCCGCCGCCAAGGCAAAGGCGGCGGCGGAGAGCAAGCACCAGCAGGCCGCUGCCGAUGCCAGGGACCUGGCCGCUGCCCUGAGCGUGCAGCAGAAGGCCGCGAUGGCCAUGUCAGCGGUGGUGCAGCGGGGCUUUCAGUGCGAGGAGAAGGAGCCCGGUGGCCUGCUGUCGCCGCUCCUGAAGCGGCGCCCCGAGGGGGGCAAGGCGUCCAGCGCUCAGCCACCGGCAGCAGCCUCGUCAGCGGGUGCGGGCGGCGGCGCCGGCGGCAGCGGCACAGCAAGCAAUGCGAGGGCUGCCGCGGGGGACGGCCGCAAGCGCCCGCACGCCGGUGUUAGCUCGCACGGUGGUGGCGCCGGUGGCAUUGGCAGCGGCGGUGGUAUCAGUGGUGGCAGCAACAGCGCCGGUGACGUGCAGACGCUCUUGUUUCCCGGCGGCCGGGAUGGCGCGUCGGACGUGCUGGACAUGAUGCCCGACCUCAGCACUCUGGCGCACCUUGAGGCCACGGGUGUGCUGACGGCGGAGGACGUGAAACACUUGAGGAGGAUACAUGCGCGGCUGUGCGGGCCAGGCGGCGCUUCCAACACCGCUGCCCUUCCAGUGUCGCGGCCGGUUGAGGCCGAGCUCAUGCGCAUGCAGAAGAGCCUGCAGCGCCAGUCGGACCCGCAGCUCGGAAGGCGGCUGCGUGGGCUGUUCCAGGUGUGCCUUCUAACGAGCGUGGACGACAUGCUCGACGAGUCGGAGCAGAUGCAGAUCCUGGAAUUAAUUAGCCAGUACCUGUCCCUCGGCGUCAUCGGCAUGAACGUGAUAUGCUUGCAUGGGCAGCGUGACACAGCCGCAAUGCAGGAGCUGCAGCCGCGCAAGCGGCAGCAGCCGCCGCCGCUGCCGGAGGGCUGGAACCUGACGGCGGGCAAGAUGCUGCCAGCGGAAGCGAAGGCGGCAGCGGCAAGAGCGGAAGCGGCAGGGGCGGCAGCGCCAGGAGUGGCAGUGGCAGUGGCAGCUGCAGACGCGGAAGCGGCGGGUGGGGCGGCGGCAGCAGAUGCAGAAGCGGAAGCGGCGGGGGCAGGGGAGGCAGCGGCGGGGCAGGACGAACAGCCGCCAACCGUCGGUGCCGCUGGCGCCGAGCCUUCCGCUGCCAGCUCGCAGCAUGAAGUGAUGGCGGGUGCCUCCCGCCCGCAGAAGGCCGAUCGCUUCGUGCAGGAGGUGCAGCGGGAGAUUGCGGCACGGCACCUCUCUGGCUCUGGCGGGCCCUGCAGCAACAGCACCGGUGCCGGCAGCAACAUCCGCUGCGGCAGCGGCACGGGUGCCGCCGACACUGUCAGCAGCUCCGCCGCCACCGCUAGGUACACAGCAGCAGUUCAGGACUGCGUGCAGGCCCUGAAGCCGCGGCCAGAGCUGGCGUCGGUCGCCGGAACGCACCUGGAGGAGGCUUUAAAGCGGCUGCAGUUAACUGCUCAGCCAGCACCGCAGCAGGCUAACCCGCUGACGCAGGAGGCUGCAGACAAAGUAUGUGACCGCCUGUCUCAGCUGCUGCUGCUGCAGCAGCAUCGGCAGCAGCAACAGGAGAGGGAGGAGGAGGAGGAGGAGGAGGAGGGGGAGGAGGAGGAGGGGGGGGACGAGGGGGAGGAGGAGCGGGGUGGGGACAUGGACGUGGACGAGCAGCAACAGCAGCAGCAGCAGCCGCGGCGGCGGCGGCGGCUUGAGGAACCGCAGUAGCUGCGCCCGCAGCGGGGGGGGGGGCUGGGUGGGGUGGGAUGCGUGGAUGGGCGGGGUGGGGUGCGAGCAUGCAGUCACGGCGCGUGUCGGUGCGCGCGGGAGAUAUAGACAAUCUUGACCAACAAUAAUUUUGCCGGCAGUGGCGCGCUUGUCAUUCCUUUGCAGCGCGGUAGGCACAGCGGCAACACAGCCAGGGCCAUGGCUGCAGUGCUGACGAGACCGCCGCACGACUCGCAUCGCUGAAUGCAGGCUGGGCCGCUGGUGAUGACCGUGGUGGCAGCGCCACCGCCGCACGGUUGUUUGCAACCUGAUAGUUGCGAAGUACCUGCAGGCAACGCGCAGCGGGUGUGCCGGACACGGCUCUGGGCCGCAGUGAGCGCACCUGCCGCCACAGUGCAGCGAUCAGGACAAUAGCAGCAAUGACGUGUACUUAGGGGUUGACACACGCUAGAAUCGCAUUAUACAAGUUUUGUGCCAUAUCGCGUCAAUGGCUAUCUUGGGGUGCUGCGAACGAGGGCUGCAAGCAUGCGAAAACGGUGUGAAUGUAGCUGAUGCGUCAAGGGGCUGGGCCCAUGCUGGAUGCAGACGAGUUUACUGAGGCAGCGCACCAUGAGCCGCAGCCGAGAACGAGAUGCAGGGUGCCUGAGGUUUGCGCCGAUCCCGGUCGCUGCUAAAUGGGUUAUGGAUGGCACUCGGAAGCCGUCUCUGCAUGGGUAACGUGUAUUCUGUUUGUGGAACUAUGGGGCAUCAAGCACUGUGUUUUGAGGUUUGCUGUGUACCGGUACCUUUCGCGGUCAUUGCGGUUGUAGCCAUCUGCAAGGGCGGUAACGAAGAACGUGUCACGCCCAUCUGCUGGCUCCCCUUCUAGUAGCGGAACUCACGUCAAGCGGCGGGCGGGCAGCUCUGUCCUGCGUGAAUGAGGGAGCCGCAGGCUGAGGGCUGGCAGCUCUGUCCUGUCAAUUAGAUGAGGGCUGACAACGCUUGGAUCUGGACUGAAGUGACGUCGCUAUGCGCCUGCGCGCCUAGAAAUGGCUUGCGCCCCUAUGACCGAAAUAAUUCGUCGGGGAUUCUUGUGGUCCCACAUAGCUCGGGUCAUAGAAAGGCAGGGGCAAGCCAGGGCUUGCAUCUUCGGGGAGCGGCAAGAUGCGGGCCCCAAUGCAUGCCCUCGGGCGAGAAAGCUUGGGCAAUUCCGGGGGUGCAUUCUCGCCGCGUGGGACUGCAUACGGUCCCCGAAUCUCGCC